CCGUGCCGGCGCGCGGCUACACCUCCGACUUCCUCACCACCAUCGGCAUUCCGCUGCUGGUGGCGCUGGUGCUCUGCGCCACGCUCACCUGCAUCAUGUGCUGCCAGGGCGAGCACCUGGAGACGGAGAGCGACGGAGAAUUUUUUGAUAACGUGUUCUCGGUGUUUGUGAGGCGCCGCCCCACCGAGAUCCAGAUGGUGCAGUACGCGGCUGGCUCGCUGCCGCGCUCUCAGGCCGGCACCCUGCGCCGCGCGCCGCUGCGGGACGUCUCUCCGCGGCUGGCCGAGCAGAGCGAGGGCGACAGCGCGCGCCGCGAGCGCUCCCUGCUGCGCGACGUGUCGCCCCGGCUGACGCCCUACCGGGACGGGCUGACGCUGAGCGAGAGCGGCGCGACCACGCCCGACAGCGGCGGCUUCGGCCCGCUGCAGCCGCCGCCCUACCCCAGCCUCAGCCGUCGCUCCUGAGAUUCGGCCUCGGGGGACGCGGCUGCCGCGCCGGGCGUCUGGCUCAUCUGACGCCUCGUGCUGACGUCCGUCCCCCGCGCACUGAAGCUGGUUGGGCAGCACACCCCCUGCCGCCGCGGCGCGGGGUGUGGUGUGGGCCCGCUCGCGGAGCGAGCCGGACGGCUCCUGUCUGCUCUGGAGCCGGCUGGGUCCCUCCUCCAGCGUGUGUGUGCUGCUGGCCCGCCCGCGGAGGAUGCCGGACGGCUCCUGUCUGCUCUGGAGCCGGCUGGGUCCCUCCCCCAGCGUGUGUGUGCUGCUGGCCCGCCCGCGGAGCGAGCCGGACGGCUCCUGUCUGCUCUGGAGCCGGUUCGGGGCCCUGCUGCAGCGCGAGCAUAGCGGGCAGGCUGGCGGGUCUUUCUGAAGCUGUUCUCACGCGGAGAUCCAUGAGGUUCUUGUACGACGUGAAUACCUGGAGGCGUGCAGGUUGCUGGAUAUAUCAUUACCGCCAAUGUCUGGUCGGCUGACGGAUCGCUGACAGCGCGACGCGCUCGGAUGAGGUGGCUCGGGAUUGGCUGGGGCUAGCGCGAUUUCGGGGAGCAUGAUGCGGACGAUAGCACGAGUCCGAUUGGAGAUUGACAGGAGUGCUCGAUUGGUUGGAGGUUUCUUUGUACCAGGCUGGUGGACGGGUGCUGCAUGUAUCCGUGCGGCGUGAGAUUCCUGGGGUGCCGAGAUUCUAGGUAUGACCUUUGAUAUUGUGGAAAAGACCGCGGCCGCUCUGGUUCUGUGAACCCGGCGGGAGUUCUACAAGGCUGUCAGCCUGGAGGGCUUUAUGUAAGAGUGUCAGGACGAUGAGACAUUUGGAAGACUUGCGGGCUGACAGACUCUGUGACAAGCUGCGCGUGUUAUCAGCAGCGGCGACCAAUAUCACCACCAAACAGCUGGACAUGGCCACUUGUCCGCCGGUAGCUCCCCUUUCUGGACCCCAUAGUUGUUUGCGGACGGACCAGCUGGCCAGUAUGCGACAGCUAAUAGGCGCGCCUGCCUUUGACCCCCUCACAGCCGGACGUUGUCUGCCCGCUGUGCACGCACAGCCAGCCAGUAGCCACCUGAACGUGAAGCCGGUCGUUGCUGCUAGUCACGACUGGGGCCUGCAGCGCCUGUCGGUCGCCGGGCGCGCAGCCCCGCAUGGCCCAAAUUGAGCGCUACUGUUUGGUGGCAAGGCGCGCAGCCCCACGUGGUCCAAACUGAGCACUACCGGUCAGACUAGACCCGUCCUGUGCCGGUGUUCUAGUCGCUUGCCAGGGUCGCUUUGAUUUGUAUGUUGUUUUUUUUGCUGUUGUUUCGUGUCGUAUUGUCGCUUGUCCUGUUCGUUUUACGGCGUUUUCUCCAAAGAUAGCUAGUCAUGUGCAGAGGUGCCGUUUCGGACUUGGCCUCGUGCCUCGGCCUUGGGCGCUGCCAACGUGGUUUUUGACUUCUGUGGAUGAUGACGCUGGCCUAAUGAGGAAGACGGGAGUGUUAGUUGUUCCUUCCGGGGACUUUGUAAUAGUUUUGAUGUAGAAUCUCGAUGUUGUUGCUUGCGGUGGUCAGCAGUGUGUCUUCCUAAUUGAUUUCCACACCAGUAGGCGGCGUAGAUCGUAGAACAGACCCGUUUGACGUUUUGGGUACUGCUAGAGCAGGUGGUUUGUUGUUAAUCGUCAGUGAUGGGAAUGUUGAGGGAAUGUGAACUAAUGACUGGAGCAUGCAUUCGUCUACUGGGCCUAGUCGUGGUGUCGUGUCUCGAGUUAACAUUGUUACUGGGUAGUGGACAGCCGAACCUCGUUGGCGGUAGUUCGCCGAGUUGAUGCCUCUAGAGGUAAGCACGCUGUAGCCGCUCUUGCCCGCUGCAAGUUAAAUACGUGUGAAGUUCGGAUGUACUCCGCGGAGCCCUGGGGUCUUUUUGCCAGGAAGUCCUCCAUACGCUGUAAUAAAUCUGCGUACCGUUUACCUUAGUAUGACCCCUUUGGGGCAGGAGCGCACCGCCGGGUAUUUCCAUUUCAUUAUUUUAUUCGAAAGAGUCACGGUCAAAGACAAGGCGCAGAAGAGGCAAUUUCUCAGUCCUCGCUUUGUUGGGGAUGAAAGUUUACUUGUUCAGUCGAAAUCGUGCGCUCUGUUGCGAGGCUGUCCUGGACCAUCGAAUGUAUCAAUUGGAGUCGACGUUUCUGGGCCACAACACCGUCAGCCGGUAUCUUAUCACUACCGGCAGGAGGGCAUGAGCUUGUAAUGCCGGAACGUUGGAGGCACCAGCAAAAUUUGGCCUGUGUUGGCUGCAUCACAGUCUGGUACCUUGACUGGUUUGGACUUAACGUAGCCUGCUUUAUGCUGGUGCUGGCAUGUCUAGACUUCAGCGUUCGCGCGGGGUGUUCAUCAAACGUAUUGGUUAUGCUUGUUCCCGAUGAAUCAUAAUGUCGCAGCGUGCAUUUGCACGUGUUAAUUAUUUUUGAUUGAAUUUGUUAAAAUAGCACAAGUAAAUUUCUAAAUUGACCUUCGUGUCUUGAUCUGAAUACUGGAUGAUCUGAUCUUACUAAUCAUGAUCAUGCAAGUUUGGUUGGUCAUAAUGAAAGGCAGCAGAACGCUCGUGGCGAAUGAUGGGUAUGAUAGCUUUAAUCCACUCGGAGUGUCACUCUCAGGUGUGCUGCCGUCUUAGUCAACCAAGUUACAUGCGUUUUUGCAAUGUGCAGGUUUCAGUGUGGUUAAAAAGACCGCCAGAACCCUUGCUUCCUCAAGAACGCUUAUAUGGGAGUCUCAAAACGGGGUUGAAUGGAAAGGGAGUUCCGCUGGUGGCCUACGCGGUUCGUGGAAAUCAACCUUCACAUGUCUUGUGCAGGUGCACCUGCCCCUGCUGGUCUUCUGUCUCGCUCUGACCGCAAUACGGCAGUCUUCCUGGUCAUUUACACACUCCCUCUGCGCUGUGUAUCGCCGCCCUGUAUCGCGCCCUGUAUCGCGCUCUGCUGUGGAUAAUACACGCUGCCGUGAUGC